GUAUAGCUACAUUACAUCCUCUAUUCCUCUCCUCUAGUUUGUACUUUGUACUACUACAGUCUACAACUCUACAAGUUCGCCACCAAAUUUCAAAAACUAAAAACCUUAAUACCGUGAUUCUUUCUUCUACCUUUGCACUUCACUGUCGAAGAGCCCUAAAACCCCAAAAUUGAAAUCGGAAAACAACCAUCUAAAAAGAAAAACUCACACAAUUCAACUCCACAACCGCACAAUUCACACACACAACAAUGGAAACAGAAGCAACACGCAACGCAAAGGAUUCAUUAGAGCUAGUAUUUCAGAUGUCAAACAUCUUAGACACAGGACUUGAUCGUCACACAAUCUCUCUCCUAAUUGCUCUUUCUGAUCUGGGUUUCAACCCUGAAGCUCUUGCAGCUCUUGUCAAAGAACUUCCAGGUGGAACAACAACAACAACAACAUCCAACAUUUCUUCAUCUACUUCAGCAAAUUCCUCUUCUUAACAUCGGCCGAGGGCGGGGUGGUCUAUGAUGCAAGUGAGCAUGGGUAGCCCGUACACGGUGAGGAACUGGAGCAGGGCUCGGAGCUUCACCUUCGACGAAAUUCGGUGAAGGAGACGGUGCAGGUGAUCCAUUCUCUCUUGGUUUUAUUCUGUUGUGAAGGGUUUUUAGUCCAAGCAAAACCCUGAACUUUUCCAACACUAAAGCUUCUAUUUUAUCACUAUCAUCCUCCCCCGAAACGGCUUUGAUCCUAGAUUCAUUUCUAUCAUCAUAUUCAUGUAAACUCUCUGUUUCCUGCCAGGAAGCAUUCACCAUUAAAAUGCCCAUGUUCUGAUCUGUACUGAUAAUAAUGAACAUAAUCAUUAUCAUCGUCAUCAUCAUCAUCAUUUUAAUGGAGAACAUUUUAUGGGUGCUUUUCAUUUUUA